AUGUCAAUGGGCUUUGUGACGACCACCCGAAUCACACAUGCCACUCCUGCGGCACUCUAUGCCAAGGCGAGCCGCUUAGGAGUCGAACGAGACGCAGAGUACGACGAGGCCAGCGUACGUUGUGCGAGGGACAUUGCGAAGCAGUUGCUUUCUUAUCCGGCUUCCGAGUUCAAGGUGUUGAUGGGUGGAGGAAGUAGUUACCUGAUGGAGAAGUCGCGAAAUGGAUCUCGUGGGGACGGAACGAACAUUGACCUCGAGUGGCAGCGUCUUGGUGGCAGCCGAAAGAUUCUGCGAACGCCAUCCGAUUUGGCUCAAGUGAAUGCGGCAAAUGAUGAGAAGCUGCUUGGCAUCUUCUCAGAGUCACACUUUCCUUACUAUCUAAGUGAGAGAAUGGAGAAUAAAAGGACCGUGCCAAGACUUCGCGAAAUGACCGAGAAAGCUAUUGAGGUGCUCCAACGAGACGAUCAGGGAUUCUUCUUAGUGGUUGAAGGUGGGUUGAUUGACAUGGCUGAGCACGAGAAUUGGAUGCACAUGGCGUUCUCCGAAGUGUACGAGUUUGAGGAAGCUAUUCGAGUG